AGCUGCGGCCAUCUGUGCAGAGCUUCUGUCUGUUGAAAUACUCAGGUUACGUUUCCUUCAGGUUUAUUAGCUCUUCUUCACCCAUCAGCCGUUCCUUACCUAAACGGUAUCUGGACAGUAGCUGCCAACAUGAAGCUUCCCGUGGCUAUUCUUACAGUUUUGGCAGCGGUGGCUGUCACUAUUGACGCUACCGUGUACUUCAAGGAGCAGUUUCUGGACGGAGAUGGGUGGAAGAGCCGGUGGGCCGAGUCCAAGCACAAGUCAGACUAUGGCCAGUGGAAACUAAGCUCUGGCAAGUUCUAUGGUGAUGCUGAAGCUGACAAAGGUCUCCAAACGAGCCAGGAUGCCCGUUUUUAUGCCCUGUCAGCUCGCUUUGACUCCUUCAGCAAUGAGGGAAAGCCCCUGGUUAUCCAGUUUACUGUCAAGCAUGAGCAGAAGAUUGAUUGCGGAGGUGGCUACGUCAAGAUUUUCCCCUCUGACCUGGACCAGAGUGACAUGCACGGAGACUCGCAGUACUACAUCAUGUUUGGUCCUGACAUCUGUGGAUACAGCACAAAGAAGGUUCAUGUGAUCUUCAACUACAAGGGUCAAAACCACCUCAUCAAGAAGGACAUCAAAUGCAAGGAUGAUGAGCUGACCCACCUGUACACACUGAUCUUGAACCCAGACCAGACGUACGAGGUGAGGAUCAACAAUGAAAAGGUGGAGUCAGGCACGCUGGAGGAAGACUGGGACAUGCUGCCAGCAAAGAAGAUCAAGGACCCUGAGGCCAAAAAGCCCAGCGACUGGGAUGACAGGGCCAAGAUUGAUGAUCCCACUGACACUAAGCCUGAGGACUGGGACAAACCCGAAACCAUCCCAGACCCUGAUGCCAAGAAGCCUGACGACUGGGACGAGGACAUGGAUGGAGAGUGGGAACCUCCCAUGAUCUCCAACCCAGAAUACAAGGGCGAGUGGAAACCAAAGCAGAUUGACAACCCUGACUACAAGGGAGCCUGGGUCCACCCUGAGAUCGACAACCCAGAGUACACUCAUGAUGCCGCUAUGUACAAGUUUGAUAACAUUGGAGUGCUGGGUCUGGAUCUGUGGCAGGUCAAGUCUGGCACCAUCUUUGACAACUUCCUGAUCACCGAUGACAUCAAAGAGGCAGAAGAGUUUGGAAAGCAGACCUGGGGAGUAACUAAGGGACCAGAGAAGAAGAUGAAGGAGGAGCAGGAGGACAUGGAGAGGAAACUGAGGGAGGAGGAGGAGAAGAGCAAGAAGGCGGACGCUGAGGGCGGCGAGGAAGAUGAGGACGAGGAGGAGGAAGAGGGCGAGGAGGAGGACGAGGAGCCGGAGGAGGAGGAGCCUGAGCAAGAUGAAGAGACAGAUGAGGACGCCGGGACAGAAGAGGACAAACGGAAAGAUGAGUUGUAGAGGAGAGAGGAGCCGGUUGGUAGACUGCUGUAUGCUUCUCUCUGAAAGGUUUAAACCAACAGGAAAAAAAUCAGCAGAAGCCCUAUGGACUCUGGCCUUUUCAUACGGCAGCCUUUAAUUCAGGUGUAAGGGGUGGGGAGAGGGAUGGGAAAUGGGGUCUGGAAGGUGGGAUUUUCUUUUUUUUUUUUUUUAAAUUCCCUUGUCUUUUUAGCGCUGAAAUUAGAAAAGGGAGAAGGGUUUACAUGUUGCGUUUGCUUCUUCGUUGUGUGUUCACUUCUAAUUUAAUGUGAUUGUCUUGGUCUGUCCCAUGGUGCGUUUGUGUGCACGCGUCCUCCACUUCCUCCCAGCGCUGACGUCCUGUCCUGUUGUCAUCCUCCCUCACUUUUGUUCAGCCUUUACCAGGAUGUCCAGCAAACUUAAGGUCUCCGAUAUCUGGUUCAUGCACUUUUAUUGUUCCUGUGACACAGAACUGUUCCUUUUUCUAAUUGACCUCCUUCAUAAUUUAUUUAAUCAUUACUUUUAACCAUGUAAACAUUAGUCACAACAUUCAGAUUCUCAUUCCUCCUGCUUUGACUGUGUGAAUGUGUGCUUGAAAGUGCGAGUGCAUCAGACAAACUGUGAUUAUUUUUCCAGUCCUCAUUUUAUCAUUUCUCUGAAUAAGUGACAGCUGCCUGGGCGCGCUCUAUGUUUGAGUUUCAGUAAAUAAAUUGAAGCUUCUCUCAUCAGUC